UUAAGUCGCCAGGCCCCGCCCCGGGCCCGCCCCCGACGGCCGGGAAGUGAUCCCUGGGGUUGGGCAAGGGAGUUUCCCGGACCGAGGCUGGCCCCGGUGUGGCGUGUAUAGUAGACAGGAACACAGCACUGUGGAGUACAGGGUCCUGGCCCCGAAACCCCCCGCAUAUUGGGCCCUGGCACGGUGAGCUACUGUCCACAAGAACCGAUGAGCCGCAUCAGGCUGCCUCGUGUCCCAAGCACACUGCCAGAGUCAAGUGGCUCCCCGACUCCCCUCCCUGUCCCUGCAGGAGUUACCAUGGCAACCACAGAGUCCAUCAUCCGUAUCCCUCCGUACCACUACAUCCAUGUGCUGGACCAGAACAGCAAUGUGUCUCGUGUGGAGGUGGGACCCAAGACCUACAUCCGACAGGACAAUGAGAGGGUCCUGUUUGCCCCGGUUCGGAUGGUGACAGUCCCCCCACGUCACUACUGCACGGUGGCCAACCCCGUGUGUCGGGACGCCCAGGGCUCAGUGCUACUGGAUGUCACGGGGCAAGUUCGGCUUCGCCAUGCUGACCUGGAGAUCCGCCUGGCUCAGGACCCCUUCCCCCUGUAUCCAGGGGAGGUUCUAGAGAAGGAUAUCACCCCACUGCAGGUGGUCCUGCCCAAUACGGCACUGCAUCUGAAGGCCCUGCUGGAUUUCGAAAACAAGGAUGGAGAGAAGGUGGUGGCAGGAGAUGAGUGGCUGUUUGAAGGGCCCGGCACGUACAUCCCCCAGAAAGAGGUGGAGGUUGUGGAGAUCAUUCAAGCCACAGUCAUCAGACAGAACCAGGCGCUGCGGCUGAGGGCCCGCAAGGAGUGCUUGGACCGGGAUGGCAAGGAGAGGGUGACAGGGGAAGAAUGGCUGGUGCGCACGGUGGGUGCAUACCUCCCUGCGGUGUUCGAGGAGGUCCUGGACUUGGUGAAUGCAGUGAUCCUCACUGAGAAGACAGCCCUGCAUCUGCGGGCUCGGCAGAACUUCCGAGACCUGCGGGGCGUGGUCCGCCGCACGGGGGAGGAGUGGCUGGUGACAGUGCAGGACACGGAAGCCCACGUGCCCGACGUCUACGAGGAGGUGCUAGGGGUGGUGCCCAUCACCACUCUGGGCCCCCGAAACUACUGUGUCAUUCUAGACCCAGUUGGCCCUGACGGCAAGAAUCAGCUAGGGCAGAAGCGUGUCGUCAAGGGCGAGAAGUCCUUCUUCCUGCAGCCCGGGGAGAGGCUGGAGCGAGGCAUUCAGGAUGUGUACGUGCUUUCGGAGCAGCAGGGGCUGCUGCUGCGGGCCCUGCAGCCCCUGGAGGAGGGUGAAGGCACCGACAGGAUCUCCCGCCAGGCCGGGGACCGCUGGCUUAUCCGCGGGCCUCUGGAGUAUGUGCCGUCCGCCAAGGUGGAAGUGGUAGAAGAGCGCCAAGCCAUCCCCCUGGACGAAAAUGAGGGCAUUUACGUGCAAGAUGUCAAAACUGGGAAGGUUCGCGCUGUGAUUGGAAGCACCUACAUGCUGACCCAGGACGAGAUCCUGUGGGACAAGGAGCUGCCCCCCGGAGUGGAGGAGCUGCUGAAUAAGGGGCAGGACCCUCUGGCCGACAGGGGCCAGACGGCCAUUCCCAAGCCCCAUCCGCCCCUAGGGCUCCGAAACAAGACCCGCGUGGUCAGCUACCGCGUGCCUCACAAUGCAGCGGUACAAGUGUAUGACUACAGGGAGAAGCGAGCUCGCGUGGUCUUUGGGCCCGAGCUGGUGUCACUGGGUCCGGAGGAGCAAUUCACCGUGUUGUCCCUGUCGGCCGGCCGGCCCAAGCGUCCACAUGCCCGUCGCGCCCUCUGCCUGCUGCUGGGACCUGACUUCUUCACCGACGUCAUCACCAUCGAGACGGCCGACCACGCCCGGCUGCAGCUGCAGCUGGCCUAUAACUGGCACUUCGAGCUGAGCGACCGGAAGGACCCCCAGGAGAUGGCCAAACUCUUCUCUGUGCCCGACUUCGUGGGGGAUGCCUGCAAAGCCAUCGCGUCCCGGGUGCGGGGCGCCGUGGCUUCCGUCACCUUCGAUGACUUCCACAAGAACUCGGCACGCAUCAUCCGCACCGCCGUCUUCGGCUUCGAGACAAACGAAGCCAAGGGCCCGGAUGGCAUAGCCCUGCCCAGGCCCCGGGACCGGGCUGUCUUUCCCCAGAAUGGGCUGGUGGUCAGCAGCGUGGAUGUGCAGUCGGUGGAGCCUGUGGACCAGAGGACACGGGACGCCCUGCAGCGCAGUGUCCAGCUGGCCAUCGAGAUCACCACCAACUCCCAGGAGGCCGCGGCCAAGCAUGAGGCACAAAGGCUAGAGCAGGAGGCCCGGGGCCGGCUGGAGAGACAGAAGAUCCUGGACCAGUCGGAAGCUGAGAAGGCCCGUAAGGAGCUGCUAGAGCUGGAAGCCCUGAGCAUGGCAGUGGAGAGUACUGGCACUGCCAAGGCAGAGGCUGAGUCCCGCGCCGAGGCAGCACGCAUCGAGGGCGAAGGCUCCGUGCUGCAGGCCAAGCUGAAGGCACAGGCCUUGGCCAUUGAGACGGAGGCUGAGCUGCAGCGCGUGCAGAAAGUGCGAGAGCUGGAGCUGGUCUAUGCCCGGGCCCAGCUGGAACUGGAAGUGAGCAAGGCCCAGCAGCUGGCAGAGGUGGAGGCCAAGAAGUUCAAGCAGAUGACCGAGGCCCUGGGCCCCAGCACCAUCAGGGACCUGGCUGUAGCUGGGCCAGAGAUGCAGGUCAAACUGCUCCAAUCCCUGGGCCUGAAAUCCACGCUCAUCACCGACGGCUCCACUCCUAUCAACCUCUUCAACACAGCCUACGGUCUGCUGGGACUGGGCAACAACGGCCAGCCCCCAACUAGCAUGGCGGCCAGUGGGCCCCGCCAGCAGGAGGGCGCGCUUCCCCCAUCACCGCCUGCUUCCUAGGCUCCCGGGAGCACUCACCUCCUGCCUUGGCUGGCUGCAGCUCUAGUGGCCGACAAAUAAAAGCCACUGCUCCAA